AUGGCGGCGGUGGCGGCGGGCGGGCGGAGCGCGGCGCGGCGGGCGGCCACGGGGCGGCGGCUGGAGCGGUUCGCCGCGCUCCGAGGCUCCGCCGUGGCCCCGCGGGGAGCGCGGCCCGGGCCCGGCGCUGACCGCGUUCCGCCCCGCCGGACAGGCAGAGCCGCGCCGCACGGCGAGUUCUGGGACCUGGUCGCCAUCACCGCCGCCGACGCGGAGCAGGAGCGGGCGUUCCGGCGGCAGCUGGCCGCCAAGCUGCGGGGCGGGGAGCUGCCGCUGGGCGUGCGGUACCACGUCUUCGUGGAUCCCCCGGGACACAAAAUCGGAAAUGGUGGAUCAACACUUCAUGUUCUUCAGUGCCUGGAAGAUCUCUAUGGUGAUAAAUGGACUUCUUUUAUCGUGCUGCUAAUUCAUUCUGGUGGUUACAGUCAGCGUUUACCAAAUGCAAGUGCACUGGGCAAGAUUUUCACAGCCUUGCCUUUCGGCGAUCCUGUUUACCAAAUGCUGGAGCUGAAGCUCGCCAUGUACAUUGAUUUCCCUAGUCACAUGAAACCAGGAAUUCUCAUUACUUGUUCAGAUGACAUAGAGCUGUACAGCACUGGCCUUGCAGAAACGAUCACAUUUGAUAAGCCUGGAUUUACUGCUUUGGCUCACCCUUCAGAUUUGACAGUUGGGACCACUCACGGAGUGUUUGUUUUAGAUCCAUCCAGUCUCUCAGGAAAAGGAGGACUUGAAUACACUUCUUGCCAUCGUUUCUUGCACAAACCAGACGUGGAGACCAUGCGCCGGUGCGGUGCAGUCUGUGUAAGAAGGAAUUCUUCUCAGCUGGAUUCCUUUGCAGAUCACAGUGACUCGGAGGUGGACUCGGAGUGCGUGUAUACAGACAGCAUAUUUUACAUUGAUCACAGCACUGCAGAACAAUUACUGGCAUUCUAUAAGCAAAUUGAUACUCUGUGCUGUGAAAUAGAUGCGUAUGGUGACUUCCUGCAGGCCCUGGGACCUGGAACCACUCAAGAUUACACAAAAAAUACAAGCAAAGUCACAAAAGAGGAAUCACAGCUAGCAGAAGUUCGGCAGAAGCUCUGUUCUCUUCUGAAAGGAACUUCACUUAAUGUUAUAGUCUUAAACAACUCUAAGUUCUAUCACAUUGGAACUACUCAAGAGUAUUUGUUUCAUUUUACAUCUGAUAGCAAACUGAAAUUUGAGCUUAACUUACUGCCUGAGGCUUCUAGCAUCUCUUCUGACAAGGCUGAGACAUUGGGUGGAUCAGCAAGCAUCAUUCAAAGCAUACUUGAGCCUGGGUGUUUCGUAGGACCUGGAUCCAUUAUUGAAUACUCCAGAAUUGGACCUGGAGUGUUGGUAGGGAAGAACUGCAUUAUUAGUGGAUCCUGCAUAAAUUUGGAAGCAGACAUACCUUCGAACUGUUUUCUGAGUUCGUUGAGUGUAAAAAUUGAUGAUCAGGUGAAGUAUGUAAGUAUGGUGUUUAGUGUAGAAGAUGACUUGAAAAAGAAUGUGGAAUUGCUGUCAGAGACGAAUUCACUACGGUUUUUUGGAGUCAGCCUACAAGAAUGCUUGGAGCUCUGGGGUGUGCAGGUUUCAGACCAGCUCUUCUCUGGUGAUAACACACGGUUUGGGUUGUGGACUGCUAGGAUUUUUCCUGUUUGUUCCAGUUUAAGUGAGUCGGUUAGGAUGUCACUGAACAUGUUAAAUUCUGUGCAGCGUGUGUCAGCUUUUACACUGAAUGGCUUUAAGCUCCUGUCUGUUCAAGAAAUGCUUGCCUACAAAGAUGUAGAAGACAUGCUGAAAUUUAGAAAUCAAAUUCGUGAUGAAAUUUGUCUAAAAAGACAAAAAGAGAAAUCUGAUUUGUAGAAGGACUGGGGCUUGAACAAAUGUCCUGUCUUUAAUUUGUCUGCAAUUUGUGGAUGAUUUAUUACUUGCCAGUUUGUAAUGAUUGUAAGCAAAAUGUACAGUGGAUUUUUUUCAGAGUUCCUUCUAAGCAAAAGCAUAAAAAGAAGGAGUGGAGUUCUGGUCAUAGUCUUAGACUGUCAUGUCUGGCACAUGGGUCAGCAGGCCAGCGCUCCAGCAAGCACACAAGAAAAUAAAAAUAUAUUGGUGUAUUUCUCACUCAGAAUUCCUUUUGGGAGUGAUGCUGUCCUGCUCAGGUGUGCUGGACCGACUGCAGGCUGGACAGGUAAGAGGUGGCUGCUUCUGCUCACACUCCUGCACCAAGUGUGCCCUCUGAGGUGUGCUCACCGUUGUUCUCAUAAUGGAGCAGGUGUAGGUUUGAUUUGCUAGGUAAGAAACAUUAAACUGCUUUAAGUUUUUAUGCUACUCCAUGUUUCCCUUCUACAAUAAAUAUUCUUAUCUGGAAUUCUAGAAAUCAGGUUUUGGUCAAUGUGAGCCAUCAGCAAUGUCAGCAGUCUGAAUGAAUUUAUUCCACAGAUAUCAAAAUAUCUGGAUUUGUGUUGUUUUUCAUCUUUAAAAUAAAAUCAGGUUUUGUGCCAUAUAUGUGAAAAACCUUAACAUCAAUAUUUUGAUCCAGAGCCCUGCUAACAAAUGUGCUUUUGUAUAUGUCCAUGUUCACAUGCAUGUUCUGUAAUUUCAUUCUUGGAUUCUGCACUUAUUCAUAAGCACUUCUAUGUGUAAGCUUCCACUUGUUUCCAGUGAGCCACAGAAACUGCGCGUGUUCUCAUUAACUGUUGGUGUACCCAUAACCUUUUCUUACUAUCAGUAAAAUGGUGGUGAUUUGCAGACAGUAGGGGAAAUGUUCUAACAGGUAGAGAAAAUGGACCAUGCCAUGAGAGUGGCAGUGUGUGAUAGUGCUCCCAUUAAACACCCCGCCAGUAAGAGGGAAGGCUCUGCACUCACCAGUCUGACCUUCUGCAGACCAUUACUGCAGCUCACUGAUUUUGUUGGGCGCUGGGUGAGCAGUGCAGCAGGCAGAGAAAGCAUGGGAGCUGCAGAACACAAAAGGCUGUUCAGCCUAUGGAGGAUGUGAUGUCACUUCUGAGUUAAUCAGUAUUUGUGUUGAGAGGAGAUAACAGACAAGCCGGGAUUUCUGUCAAUCCUUCGUGACACAUCUGAAAAAUUAUCUGGUCUGUUUCUUUAGGCGGGAGAUAAUUGUUUGCUUUAUGUGUUCCAGCUGCUUAACUGGUGUGCUUGUUUUUAGCUGUAACAAAUUCUUGUCCUUAAAGCAAGGGCUAUCUUAUAAUGUGAUGACAUCUUACAGGACUUCAAACCGGGCAGUUCCAGGCAGUAAUAAUCAAAGCUUGAUGUACAGACUAUUUUACUUAUACAGCACUUUACAAAGCUUAGCUUCUUUCUCACUGCUCAACUGCUAAAGCAAGAGAGAAGUUUGUUCUCAUUCAACCAGCUGGAAUUGUCCCACUGCAAUUGAGAGACUUAUCCAAGGCCACACAGCAACAUUUAACAGUCAGGUAAUUGCAGUUUUGGUGUUUCUGGUUUCUAGUAUCAGAUCUCAGAACAAGACUGCUGAGGCAUCUUGCUUGUGAUCAUCCUGUGGUCUGAGCAAUGCAGGGUGCAGUGCUGCAAGUGGCAGACAGGGCUUCCUAAGAACAGGAGGCGUCUGUUGAAACUUGGAGCUUGAUUUUGAUAAAGACUCACUGAGUUUCCAGGUGGAUGCAGAAUUUGUGUGGGCCCUCAGGUCCUGCCUGUCUCCAUCCAUCCUGAAGCGCAACUCUGACAGAUGUGGUCUCAAAUAUGAAUGUUGAAUGAUUUUGUUCAUGUCGGCUUUCAUUAUUUAAUUAGUUUUGCUCUGUUGUGUAAUAAUAGGGCUCAUAAUGAACAUGAUCUUAAUGAUUUCACGGGCUGCUUUGAGAGCAUGUAAUAGUGGGCAGAGCUUUAGCCGUUCUGUAUGUAUUACAUUAUGGAAUUUGGGAGAAGAGAAUUAGUUCAGUAAUGUUUUAGGCAGGAAAUUGAAAUGUGAGCAAUUGGGCACUUAGAAAAGAACACAGGGUAAGGCAGCUGAAAUUAGUUUAAGGGAAAGAAAAAAAAAA